AUGACGAAGGCAGAGCAAGAACGUCAAGCAGAUCUUUUAGAGAAAUCCUGUAAGGCGGACAAAAAUCCUCAUCCUGCAAAUUGUCAUGAAGCCUUAAAGGAAACUCCUAAAAGUGGCGUUACUGAGAUCCUUGUGCCAGAGUACAGUAAAACCCCCUUUAAGGUGGCCUGCGAUCAGGAGACUCAUGGCGGGGGAUGGACAAUCAUCUUAAGGCGAACUGAUGGCAGCGAGGACUUCUUCCGCGAAUGGAAGGACUAUGAAGAGGGCUUUGGCAGAGUGGAUGGGGAAUAUUUCGUAGGAUUGGCAAAGUUACAUGCAUUAAGUUCUUCGGUUGACCAGGAACUUUUGGUCAUCGUCAAAGAUGAUGCUGGAGAGCGUUACGCUAUGUACGACAAUUUCAGGAUCGGCGGAGAGGCCAACAAUUACACCUUGGAAUCGCUGGGAUUUUAUUCUGGCACCGCCGGUGACGCUCUCAAAUAUCACGAGGGAAUGCAAUUUUCCACCAAAGAUCGCGACAAUGACAUUCACGAAACCCGUCACUGUGCCGCAGAAUAUACGGGUGCCUGGUGGUACCGUUCUUGCUAUGAUAGGUAA